UACAAUACCUGGAGUACUUGAACAAAAAAAAACAAAUCAUAGACAGCGCAAUUCACUCCGUCAAUAACGCCUAGGUUCUUAGCAACUCUAGCGUUACUCUGGAGAGAUUUGGAACUAUUAUUUAUAGCUGACAGCUGGACACUUUUGCAACAGUUCUACCAUAAGAGAUGCCACUCCUCUUAAUUCCACACUCCAUAACUAAAUGUCACUCGUGACGUCAAAUCAAAGUGUCUUCGAAAAAUGUUACUUACACGCUCGGUCCCCUUACAAAUUGAUCAACUUUAACAACUCUUUUCUUCUAUCUCGAUAUAUUGUGGCGACAAAGUAUAUUUUACAAUUCAAAUAUUGCUAUUAAAGAAAUCUUUAACAUUGACAGAAUGCAAUGACAUUUCAGUGAUUGAAUCUGUGUAGUGUGUGAAAAAACCCUUGAAGUAUUUGGCGAAUUAAUACAUUUUGUUUGUAAUCAUUAUAAUCUCGAAACGACCACUAGACGUGAUCCGAUGAUAAAUACACAAUAUGGCUGUGGCUUGGCCUUAAAAUAAUAAUAACAAUCAUAAGAGAUACUAACGAUUGUAACGAGUCCCUACGUGCAAUAAAUUUGCAUCAACAUGGAUAUAAAUCAGCUUGUCAGCAAAAAUCAGUCCAUUAAGAUAGUUCCAUCGAUAGAAGAAACUCUUCAAAACCAAGGACUUGAUGUAGAUUUAGACGAUAAUACAAUAUUAUGGCUUCAUCAAUUGAAAGAAACUUGGAAAACGUGGAAGAGGAGUCCUACCAUUGAGCACCACAUUGAAUUAUUUUUCACCUCUAGGGCUGAUGCUUUUCGCGUAGCCCUGGUCUUUGUCAUAAAAUGCGAAGAAUCAAAAGAUUGUAAGACUAAAACAUUACCCUAUUUUAUUAUUGAGAUUUUACAUAAAUGGUCACGAGCAAACAAUGUAGUACCUGAUGACUGCCUAAAACUGCCUGCAUUCCAUAUAGCUAUCAGGCAGAGGAACCAGAGCUUUCUGAGUCUUAUGGCUAAAACUUAUCAAUUAUCAACUAUCAAAGAAACUAUUUUGCCAAUUGUAAGGUCAAUGAUCACAAAUGAUAAUUGCAAGCAAGCAUGCCAAGUUGUCAUAGCACUUGAGUUAUUUGAUGAUAUAUCAGUACAAGAAUUACUAUUCCCAUUGAUUCUGCAAGACAAAUCCAAUAUUAUUGAUGAAUAUCUUUUAGAGUGCCCUGCCCAAGUUGCACCACUUCUUCAGUUUUUAGAUAUGUUGCUUGAUAAAAAUUUUAGCAUUCGUGAAUAUGUUCAAAAAUAUAUUGAAGAAUAUAACAUUGGUAAUAUCAAAUAUGAUAAAAUACACUAUAAGCCACUGGGUAAGUUGGUGGCAAGAUUAUGCAAUAAAUUCAAGGUACCAAUUGAAACCUGCAAAAAUCUUAGUAAAAAUCGAACAACUGGAGGUCUGAGGUACUUAAUUCACCAAAAAUAUGAAGAAAAUAAUGUAAGCACAGCUGUUUGGGAUGAUUUAAUCAAAGAUUCACUUCGACAGAAUGCUGACUCAGCACAUGAGUUCAUUGACAUGCUGGUGGCAUAUGACAAGAAUGAAGCUCUUAAAUGGGCAUCAUACUUGAACUUACAAGAGAAUCUGUUGCCAGCUGCCUUGCGGGAAAUGACUAUUCAAAGUGAUGAACCAGAACCUGAGAACUGGGAUACAGAUGUUAAGACUGAGAUUACACAUCAGGAGUAUUAUAAGUUUACGUUGCCUCUAGAGCAAAUAACAAUGAUAGAUACAGCUGAAAAGUUUUAUGACCUGAUGAUGAAUGAUUUAGCAGGAUGUAGUCUAGUAAGUAUUGAUUGUGAAUGGAAACCAUCCUUUGGAGCAAAACAAUCUCAAGUAGGGCUUAUCCAGAUAGCAACUGAUAGAAAUGUAUACCUUAUAGAUAGUAUCAUACUCAAUCAAAAACAAUAUUCCAGCUUUUGGCACACUUUUUACAAAUCUCUCUUGGACAAUGCUGAAAUAAUCAAGAUCGGAUUUGGUCUUGAACAAGAUUUGAGAGAAAUGAAGGCAUCAAUUAUUGGUUUGAGUAACAUGAAGCUAAAAGGAGAAGGGCUGCUGGAUAUUUGUAUAUUAUGGAAGAACCUUAUCAGUUGCGGAUUAGUUUUACCUAGCAACAGUGACAGUGCAGGAAACAGUCUGAGUUCCCUAGUCCAAUCAUGCUUUGGCUUGCCGCUUGAGAAAUCGGAGCAGUGCUCUAAUUGGGAAUUGCGACCAUUGCGGGACACACAGAUCCAAUAUGCUGCUCUGGAUGCCCAUGUCCUAAUCCAGAUAUAUUAUUUCCUUCAGCAAAAAUGUUUGGAACAGAAAAUAGAUUUUGAUGAAAUAUGCAAUGAAGUAACAAUGGAAAGAAAGAAAAAGUGUUCAAAGAAACUGAAAGUUGUAGAAAAAAAUCAAACAUUUGUUCCAUUAAAGUCAGUUAAUGAUGUAAAACUAUUCAUUGAACCUGCAUUGUCAAACUUAAUGACAUAUUUAAGGUAUUGUGGAAUAGACACUAUGCCAAUUCCACCUACUUUAUUAUGGCAUGAUGUUAUAAAUUUAGCUAUAAGUGAAGAUCGUUUGGUUGUUACCGCUAAGUAUAAGUGCACUCCCUUUGAGGAAUUUCCACAAAGCUGUAUAUUUGAUGCAGGUAAAGGUAAUGUUAAAGAGCAACUUCAAAUGCUCCUUACUAAUUGUAAUGUAGGCAUUAAGCAGAAUGAUAUACUUAGUCGUUGUUUGUUAUGUAAUGGCAAAACUUUGCAGAAUUUGACAGUUGAUGAGGUAUAUAAAAUUUGUAAUGAGUAUCAAGCUUCACAGGCUAUUACCAACAAUAAGGCAUAUGACAAUGAUUAUGAUGAGGAUGAAGAGUUUUAUGAUAGGUUUAAUAGUGAUUCUGAUUGUGAUGAAGAUUCCUUUCAACCAAUGCAUAAGCCGGCGCUGAAGGCAACUUGCCUCACUAGCAAGGGUGUGCCUGUUGAAAUAAGUAAUGUUGAACAACUUUGUUCUUCUGGAAAACCUGCAGUAUUGUGUGAGCUAUGUGGCAAGUUAUUUUGGGAUGAAGAUGAAUUUUUAAAACCUGUUAGGGAACUAGUUUUAAGUAUGACAAAACUCAGCAUCUGAGAAUACAUUUACCAUGGUACAAAUUGAUUUUAAAAGCAAUACUGUUUCAAAGUAAAUUGUUUAUUCAAACAUUAAUAUAUUGCCUAUUAUAAUAUGUGUAUAUAACAUAUUUUAGAUAGUAAAUCACUAUACAUUAUACUUAAGCGUUAAAGCAUAUGAUUCAUAUUAAUCUAAAUUAGUAAGGUAAUGUCUAUAGUGAAUCUCAUAUUUGUUUGGUCCCAAAACAUGUGACUAUGACAAAGUGUACAUAUUGUAGGAUUGAUUGUAUGUAUUAUAAAGAGUCCUUUUAGGAAUAUAUCCAAAUGCAGUUUUAUAAAAAAAUAUGGACAAAGAAUUGUUAACUUUAUAAAAAAUAAAAUAAACAAUACAAUUAUGUACUUAUAUUUUCAACUCCCCUUUAUCACAAAUACCAUUUAGCUUAUUGGUGUAUAUUUAUACAGGUGUAAAAAGUGAAUUCUCCAAGUAUGAUUUACAUUGAAUAUGUUACGGGUAUUCCACGAGAAUUUCGCUUACGAAA